AUGGCAGGAGAAAAAGUUCCUCCGACUCCUUCUACUCCCAUUGCCUCUGGUUCAACCAGUCAAAUAAUUUCACAGGAUGUGACUCGUCCUUAUUUCCUUCACUCGUCUGAUGCUCCUGGCUUCAUAAAUGGUGUCUGUGAGGAGCCAAAACCUGAUGCACAAGAUCACCCUCAGUGGAGCAGAUGCAAUUUCAUGGUGACUUCUUGGCUUCUGAACACUUUAUCCAAAGAGAUAGGUGACAAUGUCAUCUAUUCAAAAUCUGCAAAAGAUUUGUGGAAUAGCCUUGAACACAUAUUUGGGCAAACUAAUGGAGCCAAGCUGUACCAACUGCAAAAGGAAAUAUCAAUGUUAGAAAGUCACAAAGUUCUUAGAAGACCAAAAGAUCAUUCAGUUUCUAAUGGACUAAAUGAUGUCUAUUCUCAUGCAAGAGGAAACAUCCUUAUGAUGAAUCCAUUGCCUGGAAUAGAUUUUGCUUAUUCACUCCUUCUACAAGAUGAAAAUCAAAUAGAGAGAUAUGCAAGACCACAGUUCAAUGCUGAUGUUUCCUCAUUCAUGGUAGGGUUUCAAGAAGUACCCCCUGAUCUAGGAAACAGUUCGGGGAAUCCCGGGAUAGCACUUGGCGGCUCUCUUCCAUUCGCCCAAGCAUCCCACAUUCCCAUGACUCGAAGACGUAAGACCCUGUUCUCUUCAGCCGCUGCGGAUUCUGAGGUCGGGAUGCCCGAAAUUGGGCUAUCGUCCGUGAUGGGAAUUGUUAGCAGAGUCAUUUCUGAAGACAUUCCGAUUCUCCCCUUUGAUCUAGUAAAGUAUGGAUGUGAAGCCAAGUUACCACGGAAAACCAACCACCGUUUCUAUAAAACCGGGACUGGGGGUGACAGCAGCAAACGUAAGGAACAAGUGUCUGAGCUGAUGAACCUAAUCAAGCAAGCACAACUUGGAAAUACAGUAACACCAGGAACUGCAAUCAAUGCAAAUGCAGUAGCUCGUACUAUACUUAAAUAUACUGGAAUUUAUUUGGCAGCUUUUAACACAAAAACCUGGAUCAUUGAUUCAGGGGCUUCUGAACACAUAUGUUUUGAUUCAAAUUGUUUCUUAACUUUAGAUCCACUCCCUGUUCCUGUCCCUUUAAUGAGGAGGGGACCAGUCUUUGGUGAAUUAAGAGGAGAAUUGUACCUGCUGGAGCCUAGCACACCUAAGAUAGAUUCUGGUUUUAGUUUAAGUGCCAAUGUAUUUUCAGUUCCACAAGGAAGUGAUUCCAUUCUAGUUCCUAGUGAAGUUUCUUGUUCUGUUUCUAAUUCCAAUACAGAUAUCUCUAAUGUACUCCAAUGGCAUGCUAGAUUGGGGCAUCUGCCAUUCUCAGUAAUGAAAAAUCUUCAGUUCAUUAAUAUUCCUUCCAAUUUCAAUUUUAUGGUGGAGAGACAAUUUGCAAGGAAAGUUAAAAGAAUCAGAUCUGAUAAUGCAGUGGAAUUGAGAAAGGGAUCUUUUCAGUCUGAUUUCCUUCAGUCUCAAGGCAUCUUACAUGAGACUUCAUGUGUAGCAACUCCCCAGCAGAAUGGGGUAGUUGAAAGAAAGCAUAUGCACCUUUUGGAAGUGGCAAGAGGAUUGUAUUUUCGGUCACAGGUUCCCAUCCAAUACUGGGGAGAGUGUGUUUUGACUGCUACAUAUCUAAUCAAUAGGUUUCCUUCUAGAGUUCUAAAAGGAAAAACACCUUAUGAGAUUUUGUUUAAAAAGAGUCCACAGUAUGAACAACUCAAGUCUUUUGGAUGCUUAUGCUAUGCCUCUACUCUAGCACAACACGGAAGCAAAUUUGAUCCCAGAGCACAAGCUUGUGUUUUUCUGGGAGAUGCACAGCAUCAGAAAGGAUACAAAUUGCUAGUGUUACAUUCUAAGAAGUCACACUCACAUGGUCCUCUAUAUCCAAAUACUUCUGAGAAUAGCAACCCUAUUCCUCUCAAUAAUCCUAGAACUCAUCUAUCUGUUGCCAGCCCCCCAAUUUCCCCUUUUCAUACUCCAUUUCCUACCGAUUACUCUAGUUCACAGGCUACAAUCCCAAUACCACCACCUCCUCUAAGAAAAUCUAAGAGGAAUUCUCAGAAACCUACCUAUCUCAAUGACUAUGUCUGCAAUAGCAUUGUUUUCUCUGAUCUAACCUCAUCAUGUUUUCAUCAUGUCUCUCACCCUAAUGUGUUUUGUUUUGGAGCCCUUUCUCUCAACAAUCAGGCUAUUUUCAAAUCUAUCUCCACAGUUUUUGAGCAUACCAACUAUACUCAAGCUUCCCAAGAUCUUGGAUGGAGAAAAGCUAUGGAAGCUGAAAUUCAAGCUCUUCAACUCAACCACACCUGGGAUGUUGUCUCUUUACCCCCAGGCAAGAAGGCAUUGCCUUGUAAAUGGGUUUACAAGGUCAAGCACAAAUCAGAUGGGUCAAUUGAAAGGUUGAAAGCCAGGUUGAUUGUCAGGGGGGACAUACAAAGGGAAGGCAUUGAUUAUUUUAAGACUUUUAGUCCAGUGGUCAAGAUGACCACUAUUAGAUGCUUAUUGACUGUAGCUGUGAAGAAAGGGUGGGAAGUCUCACAACUGGAUGUUAACAAUGAAUUUCUGCAUGGAGAUCUAUAG